CCCGGCAUGUGUUGCCAGAUUGGCCCGGAAAUCCGGCAACAUUUCUGGCACAAUCUGGCAACACCGAAGGCAGCGAUAUCCAGGAGAUUGCGCUUGAAUAUCAUAGUUACAAAGAAAAGGAGUGGAGCCAACACCUGCACCUGCGGACUCUUCGCCAGCACCGACUAACUGCCAGCAGUGACCAGGUCGGGACAAGGACGAAGUGAGCAUGGCUUCUAGUCAGAACAGAUCCGCGCCAGCAGUGGAUAUCUCCGCUGAAGUCAAGAAGACUGAGCUCAGGCCCAAUGAGAAAAAAUGUUCGUGGGCCUCCUACAUGACCAAUUCACCGACAGUGAUCGUGAUGAUCGGUUUACCGGCCCGGGGGAAAACCUACAUCUCCAAGAAACUGACACGCUACCUCAAUUGGAUAGGAGUACCGACCAAGGUGUUCAAUCUUGGAGUUUAUAGGAGAGAAGCGGUGAAGUCGUACAAGUCCUACGACUUCUUCAGACAUGAUAACAAAGAGGCCAUGUUAAUUAGAAAACAUUGUGCUCUGGUGGCCCUUCAGGAUGUCAAAGCCUAUCUCAACGACGAGGGAGGACAGAUUGCAGUGUUCGAUGCGACCAACACAACCAGGGAAAGGCGGGAAAUGAUUCUAAAUUUUGCAAUAGAUAAUUCUUACAAAGUGUUUUUUGUGGAGUCUGUCUGUGACGACCCAGACGUCAUUGCCACAAAUAUUAUGGACGUGAAAGUGUCCAGCCCAGACUACCCCGAGAGGAACCGAGAGAGCGUCAUGGAAGAUUUCCUUAAGAGAAUCGAGUGCUACAAAGUGACCUACCAGCCCUUGGAUCCUGAUGAACAUGACAAGGACCGCUCGUUCAUCCAGGUGAUCGACGUGGGCCGCCGCUUCCUGGUGAACCGGGUGAAGGACUACAUCCAGAGCAAGAUCGUGUACUACCUCAUGAACAUCCACGUCCACUCCCACUCCAUCUACCUGUGUCGCCACGGCGAGAGCAGCCACAACGUGGAGGGCCGCAUCGGGGGCGACUCUGAGCUCUCUGGGCGCGGCAAGCAGUUUGCGGGUGCGCUGCAUGGCUUUGUGGAGGAGCACCACCUCUCUGACCUGAAGGUGUGGACCAGCCAGCUAAGGAGAACCAUCCAGACCGCCGAGGAGCUGGGCGUGCCCUACGAACAGUGGAAGAUCCUGAACGAAAUAGAUGCCGGUGUGUGUGAAGACAUGACCUACGAGAUGAUCAAGGAGAAGCACCCAGAGGAGUUUGCCAUGAGGGAUCUGGACAAGUACUUCUACCGCUACCCCGGAGGAGAGUCCUACCAGGAUCUGGUGCAGCGGCUGGAGCCGGUUAUCAUGGAGCUGGAGAGACAGGGGAACGUCCUUGUCAUCUGCCACCAGGCCGUCAUGCGCUGUCUCCUGGCCUACUUCUUGGACAAGAGCGCUGAUGAUCUGCCCUACCUGAAGUGCCCUCUGCACACCGUCCUGAAGCUCACCCCCGUGGCCUACGGUUGUGAAGUGGAACAGUUUGACUUGAAGGUGGAGGCUGUUAACACUCACAGAGACAGACCUUUAGUCAAGGGUCAACCAGAUGGCGUGCCGACGACCUCCUCCCGGCGGAACAGCUUCACACCGCUGUCAAGCCAGGACCAAGUGAAGCGACCUCGCAUGUACAGCGUUGGUAACCCCCCGCUCAGACGGGCCCAGGCUCCUACUCUUCCCAGCAUGCAUUUCUCCGAAGCCUCUGAGGACAAUCUGAAUGGCUUCGGCCCAGCAGAAGCAGGCGACGGAGUGCGGAAUAAGAUGUUAGAAAAACCUCUAGCAUGAUAAUGGUUCUCAUCUUGUAUCUUGGGUAUUCAUCUAGCUCAAAUCAGCCAUUUAAGGUCACGUCUAUUUUAGAACUGAGGAGGGAGGGAGGGAGAGGGGAUGUUGACCGGGUCUUGCCUUCUGCGUUGCCAUAGUUGUUGUUGUUGUUGUGUUAGAUUGAUGAGUGAAUUAGAUGAGCGAAUGAAAGUAAGUGUCUAAAAACAGCAGGUAUGAAUCAUAUACAUAAUGAAGUGAACGAAUGAGGUUAAUUUAUUAUGUUUUAAAUGUGGUCUGAAUGGUGGGCUAAGCUUCACUGUAAUCGCUGCACCACUUGUUAAUCGUUUCAAAUCUGUGCCUUGUGCCGUUCAACGGCUGAUUGUUCAAGGAAAGCCUCACACAGUCUUGGUUUGCUGCAGAUUAAAAUUCCUUAUCUGUCUUUUUUUCCAUUGUUUGAAGGUGAACAUUGAUUUUAGCAAUCUGAAAUGUAAAAUGUAUUUUGCUUCAGAUUCAUAAUGUACAUAUUUAGGGGAACUUGUAGUUUUGUAUAAAAACCUAUAUGGAAAAAUGUAACACCACUGGCUUUUUGUCAAAUGUUUUUCUCAUUGAUGCCUGGUUGUUUAUUCUAUACAGUUUUGCAAUAAGUGUU